UCUCCUCUUCUUUUUGUUCUUUCGAAUGCUCCUUUGAAACGUGGCGUUGCUUCGAUUUAUGGGUUUAUUUCCGAUUCGUUCAACUUGUUUUUAGUUGAACCAGUAUUGGAUGAUGGCGUAUUAUUAUUCCAAGCUUUUUUACUCGUUCCUAGCUUCAGCUCUGAUCAUAUUUUCUCUUCAAAUUUAUGGGUGUUUUUUUUAAUGGUUGGUGGAUCAAGAUCCGGUUUUGAGGGUAAUAUAAUAAAGCUUUGAUUGUCUAUGAAGACAUUUCAAUCAUGGAAUGCACUGGUCAAGAAAAGAAAUGCUUUAGCUGAAGGGGGAAAUUGUGGAUUUAAAAUGAGGCAGCUUCCAUUUAUGGGAGUUAUUUGUACAGUUAUGUUGUUCAUUGUGUAUAGAACUACGGAUUAUCAAUACCACAAGACAGAGAUGGAAACAAGAUUUCACCCUUUUGCAACAGUUAAGGAUUAUCAUUUGCAUCUUGGGAAAUUAAGAGGUUUGCCUCGUGGCAUUAUGCAAGCUCGUUCGGAUUUGGAACUAAGGCCUCUAUGGUCAAGCAAUUCACAGUCAAAAGCUAGUGCUACGACAAAUAAGAACUUGCUGGCAAUGCCGGUUGGUAUCAAGCAAAAGGAUUAUGUUGACGAUGUUGUGAAAAAGUUUCUUGCAGCGAAUUUUACCAUUAUUUUGUUUCAUUAUGAUGGUAAUGUUGAUGGAUGGUGGGAUCUUGGUUGGGGCGAGAAAGCCAUUCACAUAGUAGCUCAUAACCAAACAAAAUGGUGGUUUGCAAAGCGCUUUCUGCAUCCCGAUAUUGUGUCUGUUUACGACUACAUAUUUCUCUGGGAUGAAGAUUUGGGGGUGGAGCAUUUUGACCCGACAAGGUACCUAGAAAUUGUGAAGUCGGAAGGUUUAGAGAUUUCUCAGCCAGCUUUAGACCCGAAUUCAACAGAAAUACACCACAGGAUCACUAUACGUGCCAGAACGAAAAAGUUUCAUCGGAGAGUUUAUGACCUCAGAGGUAAAACGAAGUGUUCAAAUUCGAGUGAGGGGCCACCAUGCACUGGAUUUGUGGAGGGAAUGGCCCCUGUUUUUUCUAGGUCUGCCUGGUAUUGUGCAUGGCAUCUCAUACAGAAUGAUCUUGUACACGGAUGGGGAGUAGAUAUGAAACUCGGGUAUUGCGCGCAGGGUGACCGCUCGAAGAAGGUUGGCGUGGUUGAUAGCGAGUACAUUGUUCAUAAGGGUAUACAGAGUUUAGGGGGCAGCGGCCAUCCCACAAUGAGGACAACCAUGAAGAGACACGGUGCUUCAAGCUUUGAUCUAAGAACCGAGAUUCGGAGGCAAUCCACUUGGGAACUAAAAGUGUUUAAAGAGCGAUGGAAUCAAUCUGUGGAAGAAGACAAGAACUGGGUGGAUCCAUUUUUAAGGUAUCAAAGGCGCAGCAAAAAACAUAAGCGACAAGACAACUGAGUUUGUCAGCUCAUGGUGGGAUCAUGGACAAUGAAUAUAUGUUAGUUUAUUUUUUGGGGCUGGGGGCUUACUGGAUACACAUACAGUUGUAGUUUCAUACAUUACACCGAAAUUUUUUUUAUUACAGUUCAUAUAGCAUUUGCUGGAUGGGUCUUAAUUAUUUCAUUAUUUGAAUAAUUUUUUUCUCA